GCACAAAGGCCAAAUAAAGGAAACAGGAAGAAGUUAUGGAUAAUGGUCACUAUUGUCACUUCUCUGACAAUGGUCACUUUGGGUUCUAUUAUUCUUUAUGCGAGGAGAAAGCUCUUAAGGAAAGGGGAGAAUUUGUUACUAUUUGAUAUGGGUAUGAGUCUAAAAUCUGAUGAUCCGGAACUCCCUGAAGCAAAUAAGCUUGGAAAAAACAGCAGGAGGGAAGUUAAAUUGCCUUUGUUCACUUUUGCCAGUGUUUCUGCUGCAACAAACAAUUUCUCAGUCACAAACAAGCUGGGAGAGGGUGGUUUUGGGCCUGUUUACAAGGGAAUACUACUGAAAGGAGAUGAAAUAGCUGUGAAAAGACUUUCAAGAAGGUCUGGACAAAGAUGGGAGGAGUUACGAAAUGAAGCCGUUCUUAUUGCCAAGCUCCAGCACAAAAAUCUUGUUAGACUUCUGGGAUGUUGCAUUGAGCGAGAUGAAAAGAUUCUGAUCUAUGAAUACAUGCCAAAUAAAAGCUUAGAUUUAUUCCUCUUUGAUCCAACCAAAAGCAAGAAUCUAGAUUGGGGCAUAUGUCUUCUUAUCAUUGAGAGAAUUGCUCAAGGGCUUCUUUAUCUACACCAAUAUUCUAGAUUGCGAAUUAUUCAUAGGGAUUUGAAGGCUAGCAAUAUUUUAUUAGAUAAAGACAUGAAUCCUAAAAUAUCUGAUUUUGGACUGGCCAGCAUUUUUGGUGGGAAUGAGUUGCAAGCAAACACUAAUAGAAUUGUCGGGACUUAUGGAUAUAUGUCUCCAGAAUAUGCUAUUGAAGGCAUCUUCUCAAUAAAAUCUGAUGUCUUCAGCUUCGGAGUAUUGUUGCUUGAGAUUAUCAGUGGCAAGAAAAAUACUGGAUUUUAUCAAACUGGCUCUCUCAAUCUUCUUGGUUAUGCAUGGGAUAUGUGGACAAGUAACAGGGGAUUGGACCUGAUAGAUCCAGUAUUAGAAGAUGCAUCCUCCGAGCAUUUACUGCUAAGAUAUGUUAACAUAGGACUACUUUGUGUUCAAGAAGAUGCAGAAGACAGACCCUCCAUGUCUGAUGUUGUCUCGAUGCUUCAGAACGAAACUGUACCACUACCUUGUUCAAACCAACCAGCUUUUUCACAUUUAAGUAAAGCAAAUUCAAGAUCACCUCCUGGCAGACCAGAAAACUAUUCUGUCAAUGAUGUAACUGUUACAAGUUUGGAAGCUCGUUAAUUUAAAGGAUCAGUUUAACGAUCUGAGGAUAAUUCUAACUAUAUCUUUUGAAUUCAAAUGUGUAUUGCAUGUUGCAAUCUGUGUCGUGUUUGUAAAUUAAUGAUACAUCAAUACUUA